AUGUCGCAAUCGACGUAUCCUCCUGGUCGGGGCCUCGACGACCUUUUGUACCUCUUCCCGCACGUCGAGGACGCCACGAUAGCGGCGAUCCUCAAGCAUACCCUCCCCGGAUCGGAUGUCUACAAGCUCGACUCGCGGCGCAUCCUUGAGUCACAAUGGGACCUCGUCGAUGAUGAGUCGCUCGACGAGAGCGCCGUCUCGCUGCGCGGGACUCCAGUGGCCAUCGACGUCUACCAGACGCUCGACUCGCUUCUCGUCCCCCUGAAUGCAUUUUUCUCCAUCCUCACCCUUCAUGGGCUCGCAAACGGCCAGCCGACAAUGCUCCCGUACUAUUUCUUCCGCUACUCCUCCCACCUUGUCAAAAUUGCCACGCAGUACGAAUGGCACGCCGUCCUCUCGUAUCAUCUUGCCUUCUAUGCUCGGAGAUGUAAAGAGAUGCGUGGCGGUGAAUACUCAGGAUGGGGGAAGGUGGAUAUCGAUUUGAUGGAGCAGUACCUUGUGCCGUACCAAAAGCAUUCCAAGGAGCGAUGGACGUAA